AUUAGCUUUAUAUUUGCUGAAGUAUCAAAAGUAUUAUAGAAUAGAAUAAAGAUGUAUCAGCGUACAAAUUUAGAUGGGAAUUGUAACAAAAUUAAGGGGAAUAUAUUUUAACGCAAAAGUCGAAGAAAAAUUUGUACAUGCGACGUCAUAGAGAUUAUUAUCGAGACGAAAUCGAUCCGGAUUGGCGGCCGGAGUACGAGAGGGACCAUCGCGAGGGAGACCACAGAGACCACCGAGACCCCCGAGAACACCGAGACCUCAGAGACCACCGAGACCAUAGAGACCAUCGGGAUCAUCGGGAACAUAGGGACAGACGGAUGGUUAAGAUGACACCCCUGGAUGACCAUGAGAGGAAAAUCAUCAUUGAAUUCUGUCAUCUGCUUGAGAAAUCCAAACAACUGUUUAACGGGUUAAGGGAGCUCCCUCCAUACGGCCACAAGCAAUGGCAGUCGUACUUCGGUCGCACGUUCGACGUUUACACCAAGCUGUGGAAGUUCCAGCAGCAACAUCGUCUGAUACUGGACACACGAUACGGCCUCAAGCGGUGGCAGAUCGGCGAGAUAGCGUCCAAGAUCGGCCAGCUGUAUUACCACUUUUACCUCAGGACGAGCGAAACAGCGUAUCUUCGAGAAGCAUUCGCGUUUUACCAUGCGAUACGUGGAAGAUCGUACUACACCAAAGCGAACAGAGAGGACAAAUGCGAGCUCAUGGUCAAGAAGCUAAGAUACUACGCCAGGUUUAUAGUCGUGGCGAUAUUAUUGAAGAAAUCCAAGCUGAUAAAGGAAUUGGUGAGAGAGUUAGAUAGACAAGUGAUAGAAUAUGGUGCGACUUACGAUCCAGAAGAUCAGGCGGAAUGGAAUGUGGUUUUGGAGGAGGUUAAAGCGUUCUUGAUUGCGGAACCCGGGAUCGCUGUUAUAUAUCCUGAUAACCCGUCUGUGGCACUUACUAUUAGCGGACGAGUAAACAACAUGACCAUACCACCAAUUGAGAAGACCCCUCAGAUGUAUCUCACACUCCAGGACGCGGUUAUCAUAGGCAGUGGAUCCUACCAAGUGAAGUUUUCUGAACUGACCAUAGACAUGUUCAGGAUUCUACAGAAUUUGGAACGUGAGUCCGAAACUCCUGAGGAUUCUCCGCAUUGCCGCUCAAGCUCUACCGCCAAAGGGCCCGCUCCUAUACCUAAAGGCAUCCAAGAAAACGGUCUACGCCCAGAGAAUCCGCAUAAAUAUCUUUUAUUCAAACCGUCACCGAGCCAAGUUCUCAUAUACUUGGCCAGUAGUUGUAACGACCUGACCGUCAAUGGCGCCAUCCUAAUCUACAUUUCAGCUGAUGGCUACCACCCCAAUCAGAAUAAGCAUCCAGAGGAUUAUGGAUAUGACAUCGGUGGGCUGAUAACAACUUCUAAAUCGGAUAUUUUCAAGGAGUGCAAUAAAGAAAGGAAAGACACGGUGCCGAAGUAUAAGGAGCAACAGAUUCUGUACCCAGGGGACUUGCAACCUUUCACGAGGAAGCCUCUCUUCAUCAUAGUGGACUCGGAUAACUCGUAUGCUUUUCAACACAUACCCAGGAUAUUCGGACAACCUCUUGUCAUACUAAUGUCACCUCUGGAGCUACCAGUGGGUAUCAACGAUCGUCGGAAAAAGGGUGGACUUUUCACAUUAUACUUGCACAACCCUAUCGCUGGACUAUGUAAUACUUGCGACGUAUUCACCCUACCAAUACCAAUUUGGGACAAAUGUAUAAGCCUUUUGGAUGUGUUCAUGAAAGAGUGCGUUAGAUUAUUGCUGAGAGUAAGAAUGGAUCCAGUCUAUUACCCGUUUCUAGGCGACGACUACCUCCGUCUGCUGAUACUGAGGUACAUAUUCUGCGAGUGUACCCUGCGGCUCCACAAGGGUUUCCGUGCCAGGUCCAACUUGACGAGAGCUGCUCCGCCGCUCCCGGAUGAGCUAUUUGAGCACCGGGACCUCGUGUCUAUUGCUUUGGAAAUGACCGGACAUAUAGGAAUAAAAAACCAAUUCUACGAUUCUACUCCAUCGGGACCUCUACCAAGCAGAGAGUAAAAAUCUGAUAAAAUUCAGAAAUAGCAAAACACUUUGAUCGCCACACCAAAAAAAUUGUAUGGAUCACUGGUGAUCUAUAUGACAAUCAAAAGCUUCUCGAGUAGUUCAGCAAAAGAAAAAUAAUGCUAUAGAUAUAAAUUAUAUUGUUUCAAACAUCAAUGUAACUAGAGAGAUUAUAAAAAUAUUAUGAAGAUUUUUGUCUUAUAAGUAGGUAGGAUAUUCCAGAAAUUGUGUAUUUAAUACGUAUGUUAAACAUUAAAAUGCUCAACAUUUUCUUGGCAAGUCAUUCGUACUAGGCCAACGAAAACAAAUUGUUUUUGAGAUAAUUUUAUGUAGGUAAUUUAAAGGGUGUUAGGUAGAUAAAAAGUGUUUUGUUAAGAGCUCAGAUUAGCUCAUCUAGAUAAGUAAGUAUUUUAUGUUUUAAUUUUUUUUGUUA